GAGAGAUGGCUUUCAAUGCGGGGUCUGGGCGGCAAGGUCCCCGGUUCCGCUUCCGCCCAGCCACCGGUUUACCGGAGAGUGGAGACUGGAGAGUCGCCCGCCACGUUGCGGUGCCACCGUGCCGCUGUGCGCUUGCUGGUGCCCGGGCGGCGCCUCAGGUCAACUGCACAGUCCACCUUCGCCUUCACACGCGCGGCGGCGGAGGAGGUUGGUGAUGCGGGAGGCGGGGUGGUCGUGAACCUGCUGCAAAUCCCGCAGCGCGUCGUGAUUCCUACAGCCGGAAGGCGGGGUGAUUCCUACAGCCGGAAGGAGGCAAGUUUUGCAAGGAACUCCUCUGAUGCUAUAAGAAAUAAUAGAAGAAAGAUGGAGCUGCUCAGCAUCAUUCUAUUUAUAGCCUCUAUGCUACCAUUCUCAGCAUCUAAUCGUCAAGGUGAUGCCUUGUAUGAUAUGAAGCUGAAACUAAAUGCUUCUGGCGAUCAGCUCUCUGACUGGAACCAAAAUCAAGUUAGCCCAUGCACUUGGAAUUCUGUUAUUUGUGACAAUAAUAACAAUGUUGUGCAAGUAACAUUGGCUUCUAGGGGAUUUACUGGAGUUCUGUCACCAAGAAUUGGAGAGCUCGAGUACUUGAAUGUUCUGUCAUUGGCUGGUAACAACAUCACCGGCGUCAUACCAGAGCAGUUUGGCAACCUGUCUCGUCUUACCAGCUUAGAUUUGGAAGACAAUCUGUUGAUUGGGCCAAUACCAGCUUCUCUUGGCAGGCUUUCAAAACUUCAGCUUUUGAUACUGAGUCAAAACAAUCUCAAUGGAUCUAUUCCUGAUACCCUAGCAAACAUCUCAAGCUUGACAGACAUUCGGCUGGCUUAAAAUAAACUCUCUGGUCAAUUUCCUCCUCAACUAUUUCAAGUUGCACGCUACGCCUCCUCCAACAGGUCUGGCUCGGCCUUCUGCAGGCUGCUGUCGCUGCAGAAACUGGACCUGUCCAAUAACAAGCUCACCGGGGAGCU